AUGGAAGUCGAACCAAUCUCUUUUGUAUUCCAUCGCAAGGGACUUCUCAAGCCUCUUCCUUCUUCAGCAAAGUUAGCUGCGCUACAAUUCUCGCAGUCUUGGACAAAAGUUGCCUCAGCAGGCGCUGGAGCUGGGCAAAACUACGGAGCUCAGUCUGGUGCUGCCCAACAAGAACAGGAUUAUGGUGCUCAAGUAUCUGCUAGCGCUGGAGCUGGACAGGCUUACGGUUUACAAAACGGAGGUGCCCAGCAGCAACAAGGUUACGGCGCAUCCAGCAUUCCCCAGAAACCAACGAAUACUUACAACAGCAAUGGAAACGGAAACAAACCUUCCGCAUCUGCUUCAUCCUAUGAACAGGAGCAACCCCCGAUGCCAUACGAAUUCGCUUGGGCCGUCAAGAAUGAGCCAACCGAGAACGACUACGCUCAUGAAGCCAAGAGCGAUAGCAAAGUUGUGAUCGGAUCUUACCACGUUCUUCUUCCCGGUGGCCCCACUCAGAUCGUUUCUUGCCGAGCCGAUGAGAACGGCUACGUCGCUAAUGCCAAGUAUGAAGGUGAGGCCCAGUUCCCCGCACCGUCCAACGGUAACGGGAACUACGGGAACGGCAAUGGCUCUGGAAAUGGAAGUAAAAACUAUGGAAAUGGUAAUAACAGCGGCAACAACAAUUACGGAAGCGGCAAUGAUCGAGUGAACAGCAACAAGCCAUCAUAUUAA